CUGAUCUGCGCCCUAGCCGGGACAGAGGCCAUUUCUACUGACUGCUAGAACUCUCAGCCUCCCCAAAGCCUCUAAAGACCCUUCUGUGCAGCUAUUCAGGACCACUGAAGCCAACACUUUUUCCCAAGAACCUCAGCCCCACUGACCCACCGCCCCAGCAAGAUGAGCUUCUCGCUCACAUUCACUGAGCUGGUCAAUGUUGCCGUACCGCAGUGCGGGAUGGUGAACUUCAAGGCCCUGCAUCUUCUGCUCCAGGGCAUCCUGGAGCACAUCCACAUGACUGAUGUCAAGAAGGUCCUCUCAGGGGAUGAGGACUUCCUCCAGACCUCACAGGUGGUGGUCAUGCCCAGGGAAGGAGAUGCCCAGCCCAUCAUUAGUCCCAUGAAGCGGCUCAGCAACGUCUUUGACCAGGUGGUGAGCCGCAUUGACAAGAUAGAAAACCAACUGGCCAUCCUGCAGGACCUGCCCUCCACCACCCAGUUGCUGGAGGCCAGCCAGGGGACCGCCCGACCCAUCGAGUACUUGUGGCAUCUGAUGAAGCUGAGGAAGAUGGUGGAGGGCAAUGAGGAAGCCAUGGAAAAGUCCAUACAGACCCUGCAGGAUUUGCUUACGGAUCUUUAUGCACUCAAGGUCACAGUUGAAGACCUCAGGAAGGAUGUGGACAUGCUGAAGGACAGGUUUGAACAGGUACACCCGGAAAGACUGGAUCUCUUCUCUGAAGACCUGAAAACUCAGAACCGGCAGAUGAUUGUACUAAAGCGUGAAAUGAUGUCUCUCCAAAAAAAGGUCCAUGCCAUCCCCAGCACGGAGGAUGUGGUGCUCUGGAGUGGCCUCCACGAGGCCAUGUUCACCCCAGUGAGUAAAGGAGGAGGAGCCGGGUCAAGCACGUGGGGAGCUGGCCAGCCUCAUCAGGCCCUUCCUCCUCAGGGGGCUGCUCCGCUGGAGCUGGAGCUGUCCAACGCGUGGCAGACCACAGAGCCACUCCCACAGGCUGCCAUUGCGCAGACCCAGAACCUGGAAGAGGUUGGUCACACCCAUGUUGUUGAGCCUGUCCAGGGUCCCAGGCUCCUACAAGCUGCCUGGCACUCUGAUGUCCAGGUACCCCUACCAGACCAGGAAUCUGGCCAGGCACUUCCAUUUGGCAGUGCCAAUGGGCCAGGCCAGCCUCAGACCCUCAUCGCUGGGCCUGGGCCUGCCGCUGGGCCUGGGCCUGCCUCUGGACCUGAGCCUGCCGCUGGACCUGAGCCUGCCGCUGGACCUGGGCCUGCCGCUGGACCUGCAACUGCACCGGGACCGGAGUCCCAGUCCAUGGCUACACUAGGGCCCCCUGUGAUGCCUGGGUUCACACCAGCACCUUUGGUUACCUUUGGACCUGGGACUGGCGCUUUGCCUUUCUGGCCCAAAGGUUUAUUGCAGCCUAGCACAAGUCCAUCCGGCGCCCUGCAGUCCUUUCAGCCCCAGCCCUCCAGGGCGCCACCCUCAGCUCAGGAGUUCGGAUCAGCAUGGCCUUCUUCACUGCAGCCUUUUCAGUUUUUCAAGGGAGAGGCCCACCAGCUCCCCAUGAUCGAAGAAAAGGGGGAAAAAUAUUAUGCCCAGUAUGUGAAACACAUUCAGGAAGGAUCCCCCAAGGAUGGGGCACCCAAAGAGAGGGCCUCCCCUGAUGGAAUCCCCAAGGAUUGGAUCCCCAGGGACAGGGCCCUGGAAGUACGGCCCAAGGGCCCCAAGUCUGCCCUGAAUCGGCUGAAAAACGCGGUUGCUACUGCCACUGCUGCUGCCGCCGCCUACGCAGCUGCCGCCACCUCAGCAGCCCGGACAGCCAGGGCCGCUGCAAAGGCGCUAGAGGACACCCCUGCCACCAAAAUGGCUACUGAGGCAACCACUACAGCAGCAUCCGGGCCCUUAGGGGUCUUUGCAGAUGUCCUAGGGGCAGGGUCUUCACGUGGAGCUCUAGACUUCACAACCUCUGGUGAGAAGCAGGAAGACUUGGUGACAGAGUACGAAACAUUCUCUCCCCCGCACACCCUGGACCUUGGCAUUCGCGAGUCAGCGCUGUCCCAGGGGAUGCUGGCUGCCACCCAGGCCGUCAGCCCUGAAGACAAGAAGAAAGCCGUCAAGUGCUCCAUGAGCCACAUAGCCCAGAUGCCCAUGAGACACGACAACCUGAAAGAGGAGUUCGCCCAGCUGUCAUCUGAUUUGAUGCAGCGCUUCAAUUAUCUGGUUGACAUGGCAGGUGCCUCCAGGCUUGGAAUGGCGGUGGACCAAUUGGAGGGAAAGAUGAACAACCUUGAGAAAUCCAGGCUAAAGGAGGAAGAACUUGAGAGAGUUUGGGGCACCCAGUUAGAAGCAAUGAAGAAUCGCUACAUAGUGCUGGACAGGGCGGUGGAGAAGAUCCAGACUCGCAUGGAUGACUUAAAGAUUCUCCAGGCUCAAAUCAAAUCGCUGGAGCAGAGCAAGGUGAAUAAAAUCACCAUGGAGCAGGAGCUGAAAGAAAAAGCCGACAAGAGUGCCCUGGCAAGCAAGGCCAGCAGGGCUGACCUGGAGACGGUGGUGACGGAGCUGAACGGCAUGAUUCAGGGCAUGCUCUUGAAGGUCUCGACCCAUGAGGAUGACUGGAAGAAGUCUGUAAAGCAGCUCAGGAAGGACAUGAGUGCUAAGCUGGCCCCCACUGACCUGGAUGCUCUGAAGAAAGAAGUGGCGGACAUCUGGCAAGCAGUCAAAAAGCUGAUGAUAGAGGGCUUCCGACUCGACCCAGAUCGUGCUGCAGGCUUCAGGAGGCAGCUGUUCCAGCGAGUGAAGUGCAUCUCCUGCGACCGGCGGGUGGAGCUCAUGACUGGCCCACAGCUGAUCACCAUCCGCAGAGCCCACCUGUUGUCCAGGCUGCGGCCAGCCAGUGCCAACAGCUAUGAGUACCUACAGCGCCAGCAGAUGAGGGAACAUCACCAGCUGCGGUUCCAGGAUCUCAGCAUCCCAGAGGAGAGCUUCAACCCCUUGGCCUCCCACCAGGACUGGGGCGAUGGCCCCCGAAAUGACCCCAGCCUCAAACUCAAGUCAUACAACCUGUCAACUCUGUAUCCUUAUGGGGACCCUCAAGUGAUAGACUAUGACACUGCUGAGGUGGACAUCCUGGGAGUGGAUGGGAUCCUGUACAAAGGCCGAAUGAACCAGACUGGGACUCGACUCUUGGCCACUGGGGAGAAAGAGCCAGCAGCUGUGAAGACUCCAUGUCCGCCAGGUCAAAGUGACCAUGUGCGCUCUAGUGCCUUAGCUGGUGCUGUCUAUCCCCCCGUGGGGCCUCGCACCAGCACCAACUCAACUGCCUUAGGCACUCCCACAACGACGUUGGCUCAGCCGCCAUCUCUGCUGCCUCUGACGCCGCUGCCACCACUCGUCCCACCCCCAAGGGACCCACAGCAGACCCCAGAGUUCACCAGACACUUAAGAUCUCCACACCUUGAAUCCCGAGCCAGCAUGCGGCCUGUGGAGGAGCCCACCAACCUGACUCUGUUCAAAUGAGGCCAAGCUCUUCCUGACUCAGGUGACUCCUCUCUCCAUGCUGCCUCUGGCAGGGGCACUGGUUGGCAUACCUCAAGCCCCUACCUCCAUGUCACAGAUGAGUAUUUUUGGCAACUUCUUCCCAGAAUAAAAUCUUGCACCUGUCUGACUGUAGACGAGGUAUACUCUUCAGAGGGUGGCCUUACCCACUCUGUGUGGGUGUGUGGGACUUGCCGGUCCCUUCUCUGGUUGCCACUGCCAGGACUAGCCUCCCAGCACCUGUCCCGGCGCAUCUAGGCUUCUUGUCAUCUCACACUCACAAUAAACCUUCCUCUUCCGCCACGUUUCCCAUGGUGGCCAUGUGCCCUGAGCUGUCUCAGCUGUGUGUGGGUAGUACAGAGGUCUUGACAAGCUGCCCAGGAGGCCACACCUGCUGGGUAUUGUGUAGGAGUAUCAGGGGCCUGGCUUCAUUCCCUCCUCCACCAAGGGAGCUGUGGCUCCAGCUCGAGUCAGCUGGGAAAUGCGGCUCCUGGAGGCAGCCCACUGCCAACACGCCAGCACCCGGGGCCGCUCCUUGGUCCUCACCGCUGGGCACCACUCUCCCUCAGAGUCUCCUGUCUGCUUCCAUUCAGUUCCUUCAAAGCCACUUUCUGGGCCCAUUUCAGAGGUUUACAUACCUGAGAAAUCAGUGCUUGAGUUGGUUCCUCCAGGCCAGGGAGUAAGAAGUAAAGGCCCUGCUGGUCAAUGUGUAACCUGUCUAUAUCCUGACAGGCCUCUUGGGUACUUGGAAGGUGGGGACUUCAGCCAGGAGUGAUCCCAGAAGACAGUCCUGUCCCUGGGGAGGGGAUGGGCCUGCAGGCCUUGGGGGCUUAAAGGGGAGCUGCACCAACCCAAGGUCCCUGGACAACUGCUUCAGGAGCAUGGGUGAACCCACUGCAACAGAGGAAGGUAUGUGGCAACAGUGGAAGCCCAUUUUGGACAGCUUCCUGUAUGAAAGCCUGAGCCGUAGCUGCAAGGCCAAGCUAGAUGGGGCAAGGUGACCGAUCUCUUCCUGGCUUGCCCCGGAGGGAGUUUCCUGGAACUAGGGCUCAGUUUUUACACUGAGGCGAACUGGUCUUGUGCAGAAUGAGGCUUUUGGGGGCUGCACAAAUUGGGCCAGGUAGCUUGGGGAAGGAGAUGGCUUCUGCAGAGCAGCCUGGAGGUGCUGCUGGAUUGGAGCAGGUACUGUGUGGUGAACAUCCUGCACCGGCAAGCCUAGCCCUGUCACUGCAAGUGAAAGUUCCCUUUCAAAGACCACGGACUCAUUAACCUAAGGUAUAAAUUCCUGACACCAGUAAAUGUGUGUUCCAAGACCGGUGCUCUACGCUGGGAAAGUGAAGUGCCAGUGCCUGAAGGCAGAGGGCUGGGUGGGCGGAAACGCAGGCUGUAGAAGGAAGAGCCUUCUGGGUGGCAACUUUUAAGGACAGUGGACUCACCAUGCACUGAUUCCUGUCACACUUCUGACUUCCUGUGGAUUGGAGGCUCUAGGCAGAGACUCUGCAAACACUACCACCAAAGAAGGUUUCUCUUUUCUCACCCCUUCUUCCCCUAGCUCAUGGCUUCAUCAAGAUCUGCAGAAAAUGACAAUAUUUACAGCUUUGUUGUUCCCUAGGACAUGAGAAGAGGCCCAGAAAGCAGAGCAGGAUUUGCCAACAGACUUCCAGCAUGUUGCACUGUGCCACUGAAAAGGCCUUGGCCAUCCUUAAGUGGCCUCUUCACUGGGGUGAGGGAGGACUUGGCACUACCUCACCCCAGAAAUGACUGUGUUAAGGCACAUUCAUAAUGUGUAUCUUGCCCGAAUAUAAGCUGUGGCUACAAACCACAGCUUAUAUUCUAAAUGCAGGUGUUGGAAAUAACUGCAUCAAAAGACCCCAUCUUGGCCAGCUCAGGCGGCCUUCCCACACAAGGAGGUAGAUCUGAGUCAAAGGACUCAUCUGUCCUCUGUGGGGCAGGAACUGCUGUGAAACGGCCCCCAGAGACCUUCCGGGCUACAACUAGCCUCAGGGACAGCCUGGAUCUCUGGGCUGGCCACAGUGCAUGCUCAGAGAACCUCAGUGGGUCCACUGGACAAACCCUGGGGACACUCAGUAGCCCUGGGUGUGGCUCCACAUCCAAGACUUGCCGGAGAACAAGCCCUUCUCUCUUCAAGGCUGUCUGAAGGAGCCCUGCCUGCCACAGAGAGCAGCUUAGUAUCGUGUUCCUGAAGCUAGAUGCCCCUUCACGCCACCAAGCAGGGUAUUUACUUCUGUAGCUGCUUGUGGUGAAAAGCAAAGCCCUCCCUUCAAAAUGCAGAUUCCACAGCAACAGUUGGAAAUGACCAUCUGUAUGGCCAGUGGAGCGGAAGGGCCUGGCCUGGCAGGGGUGGGAAGGCUGUGUCCUCAGCAUGAUGGUUAGCUCCAGCUGACUGGGGCCUUGAGGGAAUUUGGGACAUACAUUCCAGUUACCAAAAUCAGUCAGAAAUGGAGCUUUUCACAUAAACCCUCUUGAUUUAAAAAUGUUAGUAAACGUAUUUAAAAAACGUGUGACACUGUAAAUCACACAGCACACAGCAGGGACUUCGUGUUUCCAUAUAUAUCUUCCCUCAGGUAAGAGCCCUUCCUCACAGCAAAAGGGCACAGCCACUGCUUAUCACUGGGCAAGGCCAGGUCUACAUUCACAAACACUGCCACAUUCUCUUUGGGAAUCAGACACAAAGAGCUUGAAGUGAGUUCUUUUUAGCAAUCUCGUGGAUCCAAGUGGCGUUUGUUAGAGUGGAAUUUUGGGUUGUUUUUUUUUUUUUUUUUUUCUGGUACGGGGAAUUGAACUCAUGACUUUGCACUUGCCAGGCAGCUGAUGUGCCACUGAGCUAAAUCCCCAGCCUGCUAGAGUGGAAUUUUGGAAAGACAUUUGAAGCACCAAUCCAGUAAGCAAGCAGGGCAUAACCAGCUCAGAAAAGCUGGACUUCGAAGUAACAAGGCUAGUUUCCUUGUUUCUCAGGCAGUUUCCGAUUGAAGGCCGACUGGGGUGGCCUGUUAAUUGUGGGUGUUUUGCUAGAACUUUGGCCCUUGGCUUCUCACCCAGCUUACUCUUGAACACAUGGGUCACCUUCAGUCUUAAAACUUUGCUUCUGUAAUUUCCCAAUUCCAAGCUUGGGUUACACCACAGAAGUUUCCAGGUUCACUCAUAUUUGAGUUCUGGGGCACAUGGUGUAUCUUUGUGGGUCACUUCUGGCUCCCCUGAAGUUCUCGCCCUUUUUUUUUUUUUUUUGCAGUACUAGGGAUUAAACCCAGGAUCUUCACACACUGAGCCACAUCUCCAGCCAUUUUUUGUCGUCUUUUUCCCAGAUGGUUUCAUCAAGUAGUCCAGGCCGGGCUCAAAUUUGCUGUCUUCCUGUCAGCUACCCAAAAAUGUUGGGGUUACAGGCACAUGCCAUGUCUGCUUUAGUACUGGUCUAAUCUUAAAGCCUUUCUUUCUUUCCUAGAUUUUUAGGUCAGAGACUGAAGCACAUCUGGCAGGGCCCGUGGAUCUAUUGGCACACCCAAUUUCCAGGGCGCAAUUCCAGCCCUACCUUACCUAGGACUUCCAGAUUGCUUCCUCCUAGGAGAGGGUUCAAACAGUUUUCACCUUGUCUGGGAUACACGAGUCAGAGAUGAGAGCCAGUGUGGUAGUGCACACCUGUAAUCCCACCUAUUUGGAAGGCUGAGGCAAGAGGAUCUCAAGUUUGAGGCCAGCCUGUACUACUUCAGGAGACCUUGUCUCAAAAUAAAAAUUCAAAGGGCCAGGGGAAUAGCUCAGGGGUAGACUGCUUGCCUCAGCAUCCACAAGGCUCUGGAUUCCACUUCCAGCACCGUGGGGGAAAACGUUGGCCUAGGUCCUUGGACCCUUCCCUUCGGUGGCUGCCUUAGGGGUGAGGCCAGGAACGUGGGUAUUUCAUAAGGAUUUAGGGAUCUUCGUGCUCUAGGCUUAAGAACCAAAUCUAGUAGUUCCAAAUCACUGUGCUAAGCAACUGCCUCAGAAUCUCCUGGGAGCUGUUUUAUUUUUGGUAACAACUUUGAAGUGUAACUGGCACGCCAGGAAACUCACCUUUUCAGCGUAGUGAGUGGCUGCUAGUGUAGGUAGAUGGCUUGCUGUUAUCUACCUGGUGGUCACUCCGAGACUGACCUAAUAGGGCCAGGAACCUUUGGACUGCUGGCCUGAGCUAGGCAUGUGAACCCCAGGACUUCGGAGGAGCCCUGCACUGGAGCAGCUGCCUUUUUGACGGUCACAAGUAGGGGUGCUACUAGAUCUAGUUGGUAGCCUAGAGGCUGUGUGCAUCCCAUGGUGCACAGGGCCUCCACUGUAGGGACAAGGAUUUGGGCCUAGAUAUUAACAGUGGUGAGGUUAGAAAGGCCAGACCUAGAACCUUUCAAGUCCUUUCUGCCUUAAUGUAAGCAUGAGACCUCCAGGCCCAGCUCACAGUGGUCCCCAGGACUUCGUAGUGGCCUCAGUAGCAGCAUCUUCUGGGUGAUGAUGCUGGUCUGAGUCACCACUUUAGUACAGGACAAGUACAGGGUACCUAAAUGUUGCUGGGCACUUAAAAACUGGUGCUUCUCAGCUUCCAACCAUGCAGAAUCUGGACUGUGCACCAUCUAAUAGGUGAUGCUUAUGGCCACCUUAGCAAUCUGCCCCAAGCUUCAUGAAUAAGGUGGUAGGUGACUGCCUCUGCAAAAUCUUUCCCUACCACUUAUGGGUAUGUAUGGUGGUUUCCAAGAAUUUCUGUCCAGUUCAGAGUGGAGAAGCUGCAGAGCAAAGCAUCAGGAGGCUGGAGAGCCCUCUCCUGCUAUAAAGGUAUUCUGGGGUGAUGCAGGGAGAACAGGCACCUCAUUGGGCUGUUGUUGAAGGCUGGGCUCAGAGGGUCCAAGAGUGCUCCUA